ACUCCUUCAUAGCUUAUGUAGCCUUCUGCCAAGCUUACUAGGCGUGUGCUGCAUGUGAAAUAUGAAACACCCAUUGAGCAGCAUAUGGAAAAGCAAGCCUGAGACAGGAACAACAGCUCCAUAGAAACUUGCAGCGUACGCCAGUAGAAGUGGCAGCGUGUGAUCGCUCAGCUGACAAGUGAUCUCCCGAUUACUAGCAUCUCAGUCGUCUGGGCCUGUACUGCAGGUUUUUCAGCUUCACAGAUACGUGGCCACUGGCAAUAAUAAUGAGUUCCGUGCCAAAAGAAUCCUGGGAAAAUGACGCUGAAAAGCCAAGCCAGGAACAAAUAGACAUCCUUGAAAAUAAUUUUAAUAAAGUGAGCAAACAGCCUGACAAGUGUUUGAUGAUGCUCAUUGCUGCUGAAGCUGGGCUUACAGACAAAGCUACAGAGAAAUGGUUCAAAGAUCGACUAGCUAAAUGGAGAAGAUCAGAGGGUUUACCGUCAGAAUGUGGAUCGGUCAUGGACUGAGGCGGCACUGUGAAAUGCACAUUUUAUACAACAUGUUUCUCUCAAUUAUUUUUUUUUUACAGAGCUCAAAAGUGAUGUUGAAAGAAAAGUCUAAUAAUGCACGUACUGUUUGUACAUUGGGCAUUCACUUAUCUAUGUUGUAUAUACAAAUGUAAUAUAUUUGAAAUGUCUACCCUUAAAUAUAAUGCUUUAUUUGAAAAAAACAUUAUAUGUAAGUAAAUCUAUAUUUAACCAGUAAUAUAUUCUAAACUGGAAAUCUGUUUACUUAGAUCCUAAAGCUAUUUGUUCAUGUAAAACAGCAAUAAAGCAAUGUAAAAUGGCUGGAUAUUAAUUACACAAAUAUAUGU